AAAAUGGCAAGAACCAAGCAGACCGCUCGUAAAUCCACCGGAGGCAAAGCCCCCAGGAAGCAGCUGGCCACUAAGGCUGCACGUAAGAGCGCCCCGGCCACCGGUGGCGUGAAGAAGCCUCACCGUUACAGGCCCGGUACCGUGGCUCUGAGAGAGAUCCGUCGCUACCAGAAAUCCACGGAGCUGCUGAUCCGCAAGCUGCCCUUCCAGCGCCUGGUGAGAGAAAUCGCUCAGGAUUUCAAGACCGACCUGCGCUUCCAGAGCUCCGCUGUCAUGGCUCUGCAGGAGGCCAGCGAGGCUUACCUGGUCGGCCUGUUCGAGGACACCAACCUGUGCGCCAUCCACGCCAAGAGGGUUACCAUCAUGCCCAAGGACAUCCAGCUGGCCCGCCGCAUCCGCGGAGAGAGAGCAUAAACUGCUGCUGCUCCACUGACGAUAACAACGGCUCUUUUAAGAGCCACUUCACUGCCCUCAAGACAAAAGUCCUCCGUUGCCCUGCUUGUUAAAGACAGUUAAUACAUAUAACUAACUCAAGAAUUGACUGCAGAUCCUAAAGUACAUAUUAAU